UCUCGCAAACGUCGGAGCUGCAUUGAUCGCGUGAGAGCUGCCAUGGCCGGCGACCUGUCGCAGCUCCACCUCCUCCUCCUGCUCGUCGCUCUCAUGGCCGCGCCCCUGCUCUUCUUGGUCGGCUGCUCCGUGACCGCGCGCCGCCGGGCGGCAAGGACGAUGGGCGAGGCGUGCGCGGGGCCGCGGCUUCCGCCGGGGCCGUGGGCGCUGCCGGUGAUCGGCCACCUGCACCACCUCGCGGGCGGGCGCGCGCCGCACCGCGCCAUGCGCGACCUGGCGCGGCGGCACGGCCCGCUGAUGCUGCUCCGGUUCGGCGAGGUGGCGGCCGUCGUGGCGUCGUCGCCGGACGCGGCGCGGGAGAUCAUGAGGACGCACGACGUCGCGUUCGCGUCGCGCCCCGUCGGGCCCAUGUCGCGGCUCUGGUUCCAGGGCGCCGACGGCCUCGUCUUCGCGCCCUACGGCGAGGCGUGGCGCCGGCUGCGGCGGAUCUGCACCCAGGAGCUCCUCAGCCACCGUCGCGUCCAGUCGUUCCGCCCCGUCCGCGAGGACGAGCUCGGCCGCCUCCUCCGCGCCGUCGAAGCGGCCACGGCGGCGCCGCCCACCGGGACGGUGAACCUCACCGAUGUAAUAUCCACCUACGUCGCCGACUCCACGGUGCGCGCCAUCAUCGGCAGCCGUCGGCUCAAGGACCGGGACGCGUACCUCCGGAUGCUCGACGAACUGUUCACCAUCAUGCCCGGCAUGAGCCUCCCCGACCUCUUCCCGUCGUCGCGCCUCGCCAUGCUCCUCAGCCGCGCUCCCGGUCGGAUCGAAAGCUACCGCCGCCGCUUGCGCCGGAUCAUGGACAGCAUCAUCGACGAGCACCAGGAGAGGAGAGACGCCACCACCAGCGGCGACGACGACGACGACGAGGACCUGGUCGACGUCCUCCUCAGACUGCAGAAGGAAGUGGGCGCACAGUAUCCUCUCACCACCGAGAACAUCAAAACCGUCAUGCUGGACAUAUUUGGCGGCGGCAGCGAGACGUCGGCGACGACGCUGGAGUGGGUGAUGGCGGAGCUGAUGCGGAGCCCGGGCGCCAUGCGGAAGGCGCAGGAGGAGGUCCGGCGGGCACUCGCCGCCGCCGGCCACGACACGGUGACGGAGGACAUCCUGCCCAGCCUCCACUACCUCAAGCUCGUCGUCAAGGAGACGCUCCGGCUGCACCCGCUGCCGCUGGUGCUGCGCCGGUGCGAGAGCCCGCGCAAGGUGCUCGGGUACGACGUGCCGGCGGGCGCCACGGUGCUCGUCAACUCGUGGGCGAUCGGCAGGGACCCGGCGCACUGGGACGCCCCCGACGAGUUCACGCCGGAGAGGUUCGAGGCCCACGACGGCGGCGGCGGCGGGGCGAGGGACUUCAGGGGCGCGGACUUCGAGUUCAUCCCGUUCGGCGCCGGCAGGCGGAUGUGCCCCGGCAUGGCGUUCGGCCUCGUGCACGUCGAGCUCGCGCUCGCCGCGCUGCUGUUCCACUUCGACUGGAGCCUUCCCGGCGGCAUGCCGGCCGACGAGCUCGACAUGACGGAGACCUCCGGGCUCACCACGCGACGCCGCCUUCACCUCCUCGUGGUUGCACGGCCUCAUGCCCCUCUGCCCAAGAAAUACUGAAAGUAAUUAUAAACAUAAAAUCAUUAGCAACUCCUUUAUCUAAACUCAAAUUUGUCGAGUAAGAUGAAAUCAAAUUUAAUCAAAAGUUCAACUUAUCGUCAAGCCAUGUAAUUUCUAAUUUGCCAUCUCUAAGAUUUUUUAAUGGCAAGGCCCCGUUCAGUUCUAAUAUUUUUUGGAAGAAAUAUCACGUCAACGUGUACGGUAUAUAUUUGAAAUAUUAAACACAGUUUAAUUAUAAAACAAAUUUCUGACACCUGAAAAUCGCAAGACGAAUCU